AUGGUUCGCAUUGCAGCUGCUGCUCUGGCCUUCGCCGCAUCCUUGAUGGCCGUCUCGGCGAGCGCCAAUGCACCCGGCCAUGUCGCGACGCAAAACCUCAACCGGCGUCAAGAGGCAGAGUCUGUGCCGUCCGGCGGCAUGAACCAGGAAGAGGACUUAAACGCGCUGUUGAAAGAGCUCAAAGAACUUGGUGGUACCAUCCAGAGCUUUGCAGACGAAAUGAUGAACCAUUCCGAUCAAGUCUAG